AUAUGACGUCAUGUUGUAGUUUUUGAAACGUCGCGGCGCGCUGUGCGACAUGUGCAGCAAAACAGAAGCGAUUAAUGUUUAGUGCCUGUUUUUACAUCGAGUUUGUGAUAGUUGCUUCAAUAGCAGGUUUUCCUCAUAUAUAUGUUUUAUUUAUCCCGUCAUGGAGGAUUUACCCGAAGAUUUGAGAGCGUUUCUACAGAAGCAUCCUUGUUUUCAACUCACAGACGCCAAGAAGAUCAAGUGCACACUGAACGACCACGAGUUUCCCUGCAAUCUCGACGAACUACAACAUUUCACGUCAGGGAAGAAAUACAAGAAACUGAGCGCUGAGGUGGAGUUUGACUACAGGCAGUACGAGCCCCAUAUAGUCAACAGCACUAAACAGCCUAAUCAUCUCUUCUGCAAACUCACGUUACGCCACAUCAACCGCGUGCCUCGACACGUUCUACGCCACGUCACCGGCAAGCGCUACAGGAAGGCUCUAGAUCAGUAUGAGGAGUGUGUGCGCCAGGGUGUGAAGUUUGUCCCGGUCCAGCUCCGGCAGAAGAAGAGAGCAGCAGUGUGUGACGAGGACUCAGGAAGUGAAAGACGGCCCACAGGAAGUGAGAAGCGAGCCGGCAGUUCGAGUGACGUGGAGGACAGCGACUCGGAGGACAGUCUGUCUGACCUUUAUCCACCUUCUCUGUUCACUAAGAAGGAAGAGGAUGAGCAGAACAUGAAAGAGGAAGACGACUUUGAGACUGAUGAUGAUGAUGAUGAUGAAAUGGAAGUAGAAAACCAGACACAGAAACGUAAAAAGCUUCCUCCUCCCGGCUCCAGCAAGAAGUUUAAGAAGAACAGAAAGAAGAACGGUUUUAAACAUGUUGGCAAAGUAAAUGGAAAAUAAAAAAGUUGAACUCAUUAAAAUGUUUUAUUUCUGUACGGGAUUUUCACAAUAUUAGAGUAUUGUUGAGAUGCUAUUCUAGUUUGUAUUCAUAGUUUGAAUUUUUAUAUUUGUUGUUUUUAAAUUAUAUAAAAAAUACAUUUUCUGUUUUCAUUUUAA